AUGAGCAGAAAGGAGGUUGUCAAUAAAAAUAAUUAAGAAAACUAGAGGCAAUUACACAAGACGUUCUUUAUAUAAUUAGAGAGCUAAAAGGAAGAUUUGUAUUCAAUAUAUUUUAGUUUCCUGCAGAUCUACACUUAAAAAUAAUAAGAGCAAGUCUACAAGAAAUGGAUGCAAUUUCCUCAAAAAAAUUAAGCAUAUAUUCUAUCAAUAAAAAAGGAAGAGACGAAGAAAAAAAUAACAUAGCUUUAAGAAGCAUCAAGCUGGUAAGAAUGUAAGAUAAAAAACUUAAAGUGGACAGAGGUUUAGGUAGAAAGCAAUAUCAUAAGGAUCAUUAGGUAUAACAAUAGUUCUAAUUCUUAGCUUGAAAUCUUGCAAGAAAACCGCUUUUCUGAAUUUGUGAUUAUCCACAAUGUAGGUUCUGACCAAUACGAAAUUCAAAAACUCAAUCUUUAAAAUGCUGAAAAAUUACAAUUUUAAGAAUAGGCGCACAUUGAAAGUUAAAAUAUUCCUAGUAUUGUUGAUUAAUAACUAAUUUAGAAUAAUUAAUCUCUUCAAAAUAAUUCUGAUCAAGAAAAUAACAAUUAUAAUUUAAAUCUUAAUUAAUAUCAAACAAAGAUUACAUAACAGGAAAAGCUUAUUUUAAAUUUAUAACAAGAAAACCAACAAAAUGGAAAGAUAAUAAACGAUCUCAACAAAUAACUUAUUGAAGCUUAAAGUAAUUUUGAGAAUAAUUUUGAAUAAUAAUAAGAAGAACAAAAGUAAAUUAUGCAUAAUCUUAAAACUGAAUUAGACAAGUUAAAAACAACUUUAAACUAAGAAAAAUUAAUUAAUUAAGAAUUAAAAGAGAAACUUGAAAAAAAAGAAAAAGAGCUAAAUAUUGAAAAAAGUAAGAACGAGGUAAUUGAAUAAGAAAAUUCUAAAAUUUACUUGGAGAAUAUAAGACUUCACAAUGAAAAUUUAAAUCUAAUUAAUGAACUAAAUGAACUAACAAAAGAACAUGAUAAAGACAAAAACAGUCUUGAAAAAAGCGAGAAAAAGUAUAAAAAGAAGAAAGAGAAAUAUUAAAAGUUAAAGGAAAAGAUUUCUUAAUAAGAAAAGGAUAUGAAUAAGGAAAUGGAAAAGAGUAGAAACGAAAUAGAUUACAUUAAAGCUGAGUGUAGCAAAAAAGAGUAAAUAAUUAAGGAUAAAGAUAUUGAUAUAUAAAAACUUGAAUAAAAACUUUAAGUUAGUGAAUAAGAUAGAUAAAAAUAUAAAUAAAAAUAUAAUUAAUUGAAAGUAGCUAAAUCAACAAAUGAUUAUAUAUAUGAAGCAAACGUUAAUAAAGCUUUAAAUUUUGAUGAGACGCCUUCAAAUACUAAUAGAGAUAACUUCUUAUAGCACAGAAAUUACUAUAAAAAUAUUGAUUCUAAUGCUAAUUAAUCUAACUAUGAAAAUUAAUUUGAAUAUGGAAUUAAUCACAAUACAGAUUACUACCUUGAUUCUUAUAAAUAAAGUCUUAAUAAAUUAUCUGUAUAGGAAAAAUAUUCUAUGAACAAAGACUUAUCAUCAUAGGCUGAUAUCGCUACACUUUAGAGCUCUUUGAAAGAUUCUAGGAUAAGCUCAAAAAAAGAUUAUAAUUAAGAUAGCUUUAUCAUGUAAACUUUAGAAAAGCAAAAAAAUUUUGUUUAAAAUUACCAAAGCAAUGAUAAAAAGAAUACCAUCCUAGACUGCCUAAAUUCAUAUGAAAAAUAGCUAAAAUUUGAAUCUUAAAUAUUUGAUUCUUAUAGUAAAAUACAAUCAAAUUCUAACUUAGAAUCUAGCAAAAACUAAGAUACAAUAUCCAGUGUUAGUCAAUUAAGCGAAGACGAGUAAGAAUUAAAUAAAUCAAAAUUAUCUGCAAGUAAAUCAAGCUGUGAUGCAAAUAACAUAAAUAAUGACAAAAGUAUCAAAAAAUAAAGAAAAUUUAAACAAAAAUCUAAAAAUAGCCCAAAUAAGCACCAAAAAAUAAUUAAAUAGUAGGAUCCCUCUAAGCUAUUGAAUAGUAAAAGCCAUAAAUAAAAAUAUUUGUAAUCUAAAAAAUAGAAUGAAAAAUUAUUAAAUAAGCAGAUAAACAGCUCAUUAAUUACCAAGCCUCACAUAAAAGAGAAAGUUUAAGAGCAAAUAGAAAAAAAAUAAUAUCAAGGAAGCAGAUAAAAACUAUCUUAGGUAAAUGAAAAUAAUAAUAAAUUCUAAAAUAUUAAUAAUCUCUCAGUAAGAAGUUUAUUAUUAACUAACAAGAACCACAUAAAGAAAUAAAUUACAAAAUAAUAAUGA